UGUCAUUCCGGAAGUUACAUUUUACAUGAGCGACUUUUGUCUUUUGAGUUCUAUUUUUGGUGCCAGAUAAUUAUAUAGCAGAUUACCAAGGGAACUAAGAUGGCAUCACCACAAGUAAUAGGCGGCUACCCCGUAGAAAUAUUUACCAAUGAAAGCUUUGACAGGAAAUUUUUGUGCAACCAUUGUUCAUUAAUUUUGAGAGACCCUGUACAGAGCUACUGUGGUCACAGAUUUUGUCGCUCCUGUAUGGAAAGCAUUAUUAGAUCUAAUGAGCAAGUAAGAUGCCAAUCCUGUAUUGAAGAAGGAACAAUGGAUGAAGAAUAUAGUAUACUGAAAAUGGAUCAGAUGUUUCCUGACAAUGCUGUUCGAAGAGAAAUGGGAGCCAUGCCAGCCAAAUGCAUCAACCCAAAAUGUACUUGGAAAGGAACUUUCAAGCAGUAUGAGGGUCAUAUGGCAGAAUGUAAAUUUAAGCCAGUUCCUUGUCAGCAGUGUGGAAUGCCUAUUGAACCUCAGGCUCUGCAGGAUCACAUGACUAAGGAGUGUCCAAAACGGAAGGUGGCUUGUAAAUAUUGCCAGUCAGAGAUCACUAUGGAGGACGUGGAGAAACAUAACUUGGAAUGUCCAAAAUUCCCAAUCAAAUGUGAUUCUUGUGGCAAGAAAAAAAUACAGAGGGACAAGAUGCAGCAUCACAUAGAUAAAGAGUGCUCAAACCAGAAAGUUCCCUGUCUUCCAGACUGUGGGGAUAUAAGCAGAGACAAGUACGUGGAACAUCUGGAUAGGAAGCCUGGAAUACAUAUACAAGCCCUGGUGGAAAGACUACAGGAAUUUAACUCAAGACUUCAGUCUGCUGUUGUCCAGACUGACCUUGGUCAGUUUAUUUCACACAUAACUGAACUCAAACAGAAAGUACAACAACAGGAUCAGCAAAUUCAGGCCUUACAGACCUCAGGUCCAGCUGGUGGGGGGACCUCAGGGGAUGGGGAUUCCAAUGUGGUAAGGGCAAAAGUUCAGGCUCUUGAGUUAAAAACGGGGACAUUUGAAGGCAUUGUUACAACUCUACAUAGAGAAAUUGAGCGUUGUAUAACGGCAAUAGAGAAUGUGGAAAGGAACAGACAAGGAGACAAACAAGUUAUAGAAAAUCAAGAAAAGAAAAUCAGAGCCUUGGAAAGAAAUAUUUCACUCAAGGAUGUUGCUUUAGCGGAACAGGAACUAAGAAUCAAGACACUAGAAUUGACAACUUAUGACGGGACGUUAAUCUGGAAGAUCUCUGAGUGGGGAAAGCGUCGAUCUGAGGCCCAGAGUAACCAGGUCACAAGUUUAUACUCCCCCAUCUUCUACACCAACAAGAAUGGCUACAAGAUGUGUGCCAGACUGUAUCCCAAUGGAGACGGUAUGGGGAAGAACACACACAUGUCCAUCUUCUUUGUUGUCAUGAGAGGUAAUUUUGAUGCCCUGCUGAUGUGGCCUUUCUCUUACCGUGUGACUUUUAUGCUUUUGGAUCAAAACAACAAGGAGCAUCAGGUGGAUUCCUUUCGUCCUGAUCCCAACAGCAGCUCCUUUAAGCGACCCACGACAGAAAUGAACAUCGCUAGUGGCUGUCCCCUCUUUAUCCCCCUCUCAAAACUGGACGAUCCUAGUCUAGCUUAUGUCAAGGAUGACACAAUGUUUAUCAAACUGGUAGUAGAUGUCCAAGAACCACGCAGAUAAUCCGAUAAUAGUAAUAAAAUUAAAAUCUGCUUCAAGAUCAUAGCAUCACUUUCCAGCUCAGAGCUUACCCCAAAGCUCAGAGAAAAACUGGCAUUAGGGCUGGCCAUGCACAGAGAGAAAGAUAAUAUGCUACCCACCAUAAAUGAUAUUUUUUUUUACAAUUCUUAAAAGAAAACAAGAUCUGUAGAUAAGCCUGUCAGAAAAAUUUAUCUGCACGUAUACAGUGAUGUUUAAUGAUAAUUUUCAUGAGAAGUUCUACACCUUGAUCAAGAUAUUGUGAUGAUGGAAAAAAACUGAAACUACAGAGUCCCCUCAUACAAUCUGGAAAAAUACAAGUACAUGUAUUAUUGAAAUCUGGUACAUGUAGUCUAUUUAUAGUGGGUAGUAUAUUGGCUUUUUAAUGCUGUGGGGUGGAAAAGUGCAGUGAGCCAUCUCUUGUUGGAGUGUGCUCUUGAUCACAAGUUUUUGAGCUUUUUAAUAGUGAAGAAAUAAAAUUCUUUUUUGAAUGACUUUUUAGGUAAAUUUAUUCAAAUAAAUAGACUGGAAUGUUGCUUGCAAUGGAAAAUCAUGAGAUGUUUCAUCAUUUAGGAGGAUGUCCCUUGUACAAUUUCUGUGAUUUCGCAAUGUUUAGUUCACAAGGCCAUUGCAAGUUUUUCUAUGUUUAGCGUCCACCCAUCUUUCAAAUACCUACCUACCUAUUCGCAGAAAACACACAACCCAAAAAGUGAAACACAAGCUCUAUAGUCAUAAAAAUAACGUCAUUCAAAGAAUUUGAUUUCAUUAAUCUUUUUUUCUCGUGGAAAUAUCUAUUCUUCAGCAAAAUCAAGGUAUUAAAUGCUUACAGUAUUCCAAGUAUGACAUAUUGUAGACAAAUAUUUAGAGAAAUUGACAGAAUUCAGUGAUUUCGACCAGAAUAAACAAUUUCAGGACUUCUGAUUUUGUUUGUUUGUUUUUUUUUCUGAUAUGGGGUGUCAAAAACCAAAGCGCACAUAAACACUAACCAUAGAAAAAACUUGAAAUGGCCCAACUGUGAAAACACAAGGGAUUGUAGUUAUAAUGACUGAAUUCAAUGGCACUGAAAUUACCUUCCAAAUUUUUUUUUAGAAAAUACGGAGUGAACAGAAUACAAAAUGUGUAUACAGUUUUUUAUUUGAGACUAUGAGGAACUGCCAUAUUGAAGUCAUCUAAGAUAGACUCUUAUUAUCUCCUACAUGUGUACUCUGACUGAAAACAUAUUUCUUAUUUCUUUGAAUUGUUCAAGGAGCUAGACUACAUGCCAGAUAUUUAUCUAGACACUGUAAAUUCUCAUUAUGAAUUAUUUCAUUUGAAUAUAGUUCUUACUCAUCUCAUUGUGAAUGUAUCAUUUAGAGGGUGGACUUUAUAUAAAGGAUUUUAUUUAGAAGUAGUAUUCAUUUAGUCAUUGUAAAAAUUUCAUUUCGAGGUUCUCAUCAUAUGCAUAUUUCUUGUAGUGGCAGUUCUUACCUCCAUAAGAAUUUUUCAUUGCAGACUUAUGCUUCUUUGCAUUUGCUUUGAUCUAUCUGAACAUGGAUAAAGCGUACACUGAAGAGUGAUACUCUAAGUGAUACUCUAAAAGAUAAUUUGAUACGUAAAUAUUGACUGAUUUCAGGCAACAGUGAUUAUGUUAGCACCCAAGGGAUGAAAUAUUGCCUGAUGCGGAGCAGAGGGCAAUAUUUUUUAUCCCGAGGGGCUGACGUAAUCAAUGUUGCCCGAAAACACAGUUGAAAAUUGUUAUAUGAAACGAAAACAAAUCAAUAAAAUAGUAUUUUGUUUUAAAUAAAUAAUUUGUAUCGGUGCAUUAUCUGCAAUUUGAUUGUAGACUAGUGCUAACAAAUGAUUGUGUUCCUUAGGUUUUUAAGUGUGAUUUCUUGUUUUUAUUUUUGGAAGUCGAGACAGUAUCAUUGCGUCAAAAUAAAUUAAUAUACUGAUCAGAAUCCAAAUCAAUAAAAAUGUUGGAAAACUCUUUGCCGGCCAAUAGUAAAAAUUAACUGACCGUCAAUAUUUUUCGGAGGAGAUGAUAUCGAUUAAGCUGACCGUUUCUCUAUAUAGAGAAUAUAGAGACUCUUCUUUACUGAAAAUCACAAUAGAUAUUUAUUAUUAUACCUCUGUAAAUUUUUUUUCUUCAUAAAAAUAUGAUUAAAAGACCUGCAAUAUUUUUGUUUUCUAAACAGCCCCUAUUGUAAAAUAGUUUCUGUGCUAUUUGCCCCUGGUGAAAUAGUCCGCGAACUAUUCACCGGCAGCAUUUGAUUUUCCUCGCUUUUUAUCUUGGAACUUUUCUGGUUUAUCCGGAUCAAGAUGGGACACAAAAAAGUCUGCCUCGAUAUAAUAAAGCACAUUUAUAGUGACUAUUUGGACAGUAGCAAGUUUAUUGUCCCCCAAGACCGCAACUAUUUCCUGAGGCUCAUAGCCAGUAAACAGGUGUAUAAUAAAUCAUGGCAUAUUCUCGAUCCCCUUUGCUAUGGCUAACUUUUUCAGAACAUGCUACACUUAUGUCAUUUUCUUCUAUUUAUAAUUAAAAGGUUUAUUCUUAAUUUGUUGCUUCUUGUAGGCUUAAGAAAGUUAUCAAUAUCUUUUUUAACUUAAGGUUAUUGUGUUGCAAUAGUUUGUUUGUGUGUAUUUUUUUUCUUACUUGUGGGCACUUAAGUUAAAUAUUACAAAUUUUUAACCUUUAAAUUUUUUCC